AUGUUCAAGCGUGCUGCUGCUGCUUCGGUAGCGUUGCUCUCUCUGGUAACACCACCUGCGCUCGCUCUGAAUUGUCUCAACGAUGAUCUUGCUGUGGUGGAACCGUUGAGCACUGCACUCCCAGUGUACACGAAGCGACAGGAGGCGGCCACCGCGGUCGACGUAUACUUCCAUGUCACCAGCACAGAAGCAAACAAGGACAGGAUCACGGACGAUAUUGUGGAUGCCCAGUUCGGUGUCCUGCGUUCCACAUUCCUCGAGUACGGCUUCAAUCUGACACUUGUCAACGUUUCGCGCAUCGUCGAUGAGGUGGCUGGUAAGGGCUUCUACGCAGACGACGGUAUCGAGAUCGUCGACUUCGACGCGUACCUGGCUUUCCGGACUGAGACGAGACGAGGGGGCUACGACGCUCUCAACGUCUACUUCUUCUCGGACCUCAAUGAUGGCAUUGGUGGAUACUGCAGUACGCCUACCGUCGUUGAGGAAGGCACCCAAUUCUUCUACCAGGACGGGUGCUGGGUGAACGGGGACUCGAUGCCCGGGCUGAGCCGCAAUGAGACGACACCUCCCAAUAAAGGACAUGCUGCCAUCCACGAGGUCGGACACUGGUUUGGCCUGCUGCAUACCUUCCACGGAAGGCUCUGUGAGACCAUCAACGAUCAAGUUGCCGACACGCCCGCACAGUCAGGCGGAAGUUCUGGAUGUCCCGUUGGCAGAGACUCUUGCCCGGAUUUGCCAGGCCUGGACCCAAUCCACAAUUUUAUGGACUACUCAGAUGAUACUUGGUGA